UAAAACCCAUAUAGUGGAUUCCAGCACACAGUAAAGGAGAAUAUCCUGCGUUAAAAACCAUGUAGCCACCUAGUCUUUAGAGCCCAUGUUUUAGAGUGGAUCAGCAACCUUCUUGAGAUUUGUAUUGCUUGCUUCCCUUAGAUUCUGCCAAGAAUCUUUUAUGUUGGUCUGGAAUCCAGACUAGUUAUAAGCCUUCCUUUUCUUUGGUUUUAAGAUCAUUGGGUGUUGUAGAUACCAGUUCUAGUAGCUAUAAAUUCAACAAUCCUCACAUUCAUAUUUGGCCUGUAAUUGACUAGCUUCUGAGCAAUGGAAGCUACCUCCUAUCUUAGACUCUCGUUUCUUCUCAUGGCAGCUCUUCUGCUGCUGGUAUUUGUUAGGACAUGGGUUCGUUUGCCUUCUCUUAGUCCUGAGGAUUGCUCUGAAUUUGGGUCUCCUUGUACGUUAAAGCAAAGAAUCCAAUUGGGUAGAACUGGUGGUUUCAUAGAGAAAAACAAGCCCCCCAAGUACCAGAAAAUUGACCAUGAGAAUGAGGUUGUAAAGCAUCCUCUAGAUCCUCUUACCAUUCAGGAGAUCAAGAAAGUCCGAGAGAUUAUCAGUAAGUCGUCAGAUUUUAAUCAUGGUGAGUUUUCACUAAACUCACUGGUCUUAGAAGAGCCGCUGAAAGAAGAAGUCCUGGCUUGGAAGGCAGGCAAAAACUUUCCUAGCAGGAAGGCUUCAGUUAUUGCUCAGGUCGGUGGGUAUUUCCAUAAAAUGGUUGUAGACCUAGUGUUAGGUCAGAUUGUAACUAAUGAUAUCAGUCAUGAAGCUGGGUAUCCUACUAUGACAGUAGAGGACAUGGUAUCAAGUGUUAGGGUGCCUCUGAAGAACAAAGAGUUUGCAGAUAUUGUCAAAAAGAGGGGAGUCAAUGUGAGCGAUGUUUCCUGUGUGCCCAUUUCCUUGGGAUGGUUUGGUGAGGCCGAAGAGGGCAGGAGGCUGGUUAAAGUCCAGUGUUAUUCAAUGGCAGGAACUGUGAACUUCUAUAUGAGACCAAUUGAGGGUCUUACAGUUCUUGUUGAUAUGGAUAUGAAAAAGAUUUUGAAGAUCACAAACAAUGGGAAAGAUAUACCCCUGCCAAAAGGAGAGAAUACAGACUACAGACUUUCUGUCCAAAAGCAGCCUUUGUUACCCCCUCUGAAUCCUAUCUCCAUUGAACAGCCCAAAGGUCCAAGUUUUAAGGUUGAUGGGCAUCAGGUCAAGUGGGGAAGUUGGGAAUUCCAUGUCAAACCUGAUCCUCGUGCAGGAGUGAUAAUAUCAGAAGCAAAGGUUAAGGAUCCUGACACAGGAAAGAUGAGAAGGGUUUUGUACAAGGGUUUUACCUCUGAGCUAUUUGUGCCUUACAUGGAUCCUAGUGAUGCUUGGUACUUUAAAACCUAUAUGGAUGCAGGGGAAUAUGGAUUUGGAUUGAAUACCAUGUCACUUGAGCCCCUUAAUGAUUGUCCAAGGAAUGCUUACUACAUGGAUGGAGUGUUUGCUAGUGCAGAUGGGACACCUUAUGUAAGGCCUAACAUGAUCUGCAUAUUUGAAAGAUAUGCUGGGGAUAUUUCUUGGCGUCACACGGAAUGCCCAAUCUCAGGCAUGGAGAUCAGAGAAGCGAGACCAAAGGUGACAUUGGUAGUCCGCAUGUCAGCAUCUGUUGCAAAUUAUGAUUAUAUUGUGGAUUGGGAAUUUCAGACUGAUGGUCUUAUCCGAAUCAAGGUUGGACUAAGUGGAAUUCUGAUGGUCAAAGGAACAAAAUAUGAGAACGUGGACCAGAUUGACUCUAAUGCUGAACUCCAUGGAACUUUGCUUGCAGAAAAUGUGAUUGGUGUCAUCCAUGACCAUUAUGUCACAUUCCACUUAGACAUGGAUAUUGAUGGCACAGAAAACUCGUUUGUUCAGGUUAAGAUGGCCAAGAAAACAGUGGAGAAUGGACCAACACCACGGAAAAGUUUCUGGACAGGAGAGAGACACAUUGCCCAAACAGAGAAGGAUGCCCAGAUCCAGUUGAGCCUCUACAACCCAUCUGAGUUUCAUAUGAUUAAUCCAUCAAAGAAGACAAAGAUUGGCAAUCCAGUAGGAUACAAAGUUGUCCCUGGAGGCACAGCUGCAAGCUUGCUUGAUCACAACGAUCCUCCACAACUUCGAGGGGCCUUCACCAACAACCAGAUAUGGGUUACUCCAUACAAUAGAAGUGAACAGUGGGCUGGUGGGCUGUAUACAUAUCAAAGCAAAGGAGAUGACACACUGGCUGUAUGGUCUAACAGGGACCGCCCAAUUGAGAAAAAAGACAUUGUGCUUUGGUACACAUUGGGCUUCCAUCAUCUUCCCUGCCAAGAGGACUAUCCAAUCAUGCCAACAGUCUCAGCCAGCUUUGAUCUCAAACCAGUAAAUUUCUUCGAAAGCAAUCCUAUCAUGAGGACUGCACCAAUGACCGAGAAAGAUCUCCCAAUGUGUUCUGCUUCAGCUGAAUGAACAUCUGCACCAUUCCAACAAGUUCCCAAAAUUACUUACCAGUUGAAAUUGGCCAAGUAAAUCAUCUUCAUCUGUAAAAUAAACAACACAUGCAUUGUAGAAGAGUUCAGCAGUAUCGCAUUAGAGCUUUCUUUUUAAAAGUUGGGAAUGUUUAAGGCAUCAGGAGUAGACUGUUAUUCACCUGGAGCAAAAGUUAUCAACAUAUAAAAAUUUACAGGUGUCUUACACCUCUUGCCUAAAACAAAUGAAUAAACAAAUGAGUCAUUCAGCAAUGGAGUUGUGGAACACAAGACCAGUGUUUAAAUAGAUUUGACCAGUAGUUAGAAUUAUGUAUUGGGUAGAACGAAUGUGCAGUAAAAUCAAAUGUUAUUUGUAGUUUAGAUGUAUGUCUACUCAAAUCGUUGUAAUCUGCUAAAGGCAGAGAUGCUGACAUCUAUGUAUGCUGAAUAAUUGUUACUUGUAAUUAAACUAGUUGCCUUAUGUGUAAAGGGUUUCCAACCCCACUUUAAUCAUAUAUGAGAUAUCGACUAUAAAGACA